CUAGGAUCCUCCGAAUCACUUUCAGUCUGGGAAGGUGGAAAGCAAGCAGAGACGGAAUCUGAGCCAGAAGAUAACAACAAGGGAGGAGAGGAAGGAACAGAAUUCGAGCUCGAUUCAACCAUCCAAGGCUUUUUUCUUCAUUUGAUUUCUCUUUGAAAAACCUAAUUCCGAAUCUUGAUGCUUCGACUCUGAAGCUUGAACCGAGAUCCUGUUUUAGGGCAUUAGAUUUGCAUUUCGAGAGAUAAACUCUCUAGCUCUACCCAUACCUCUCUUAACAUUCAUGGCACAUCGAAGAGAAAAGCUUCUGCUCAUUUUAUGUGUCUUCUGCUAUUCUCUAAACGUCAUUGCCGGAAAAAGCUAUUAUGAUGUACUUCAAGUGUCGAAGGGUGCGUCCGACGAGCAGAUAAAGAGGGCGUACAGGAAGCUGGCAUUGAAGUAUCAUCCAGAUAAGAAUCAGGGCAACGAAGAAGCUAAUAAGAGAUUUGCUGAGAUCAACAAUGCAUAUGAAGUAUUGUCGGAUAGCGAGAAGAGAAGUAUUUAUGAUAGGUACGGUGAAGAGGGCUUGAAGCAGCAUGCUGCUAGUGGAGGCCAAGGUGGUGGUGGAAUGCACUUCCAAGACAUUUUCAGCACUUUCUUUGGUGGAGGUUCAAUGGAGGAGGAAGAGCGAAUUGUAAAAGGUGAUGAUGUCAUUGUUGAAUUGGAUGCAACCCUGGAAGAUUUGUACAUGGGAGGUUCCUUGAAGGUUUGGAGAGAGAAGAAUGUUUUAAAGCCAGCACCGGGGAAGAGGCGCUGUAAUUGUAGAAAUGAGGUUUACCACAAGCAAAUUGGUCCUGGAAUGUUUCAACAGAUGACAGAGCAGGUCUGUGAGCAAUGUCCUAAUGUCAAAUAUGAAAGAGAGGGGUACUUCAUCACUGUUGAUAUUGAGAAAGGCAUGCAAGAUGGGCAGGAAGUGUUAUUUUAUGAAGAUGGAGAGCCUACGAUUGAUGGCGAAUCUGGAGAUUUAAGAUUUCGCAUCCGUACAGCACCCCAUGGCGUCUUCAGAAGGGAAGGGAAUGAGUUGCAUACCACUGUUACUAUAUCCCUGGUUCAAGCUCUUGUAGGUUUUGAGAAGACCAUUAAACACCUGGAUGAGCAUCUGGUGGACAUCAGCUCAAAGAAAAUCACGAAUCCAAAGGAAGUGAGGAAGUUCAAAGGAGGGGGCAUGCCAUUACAUAUGAGCACAAAGAAAGGAGACCUUCACGUAACUUUUGAGGUUUUGUUCCCCACGUCACUUACGGAGGAGCAGAAAACGAAGAUAAAAGCAAUUCUUGGUUAGGAUACAUGGAUACAUGAUAUUUUGUUCAAUGUAACGUGAUUAAUAGGUACCUCCGGGAAAUUUUAGAUUAGGCUUCGCUGUCCGGUUAGUUGACGCGUGGGUAAUGGUUUUCUGUCAUAGAGGUCAAUUUGUAGUCCUGAGGACUACACCGCCCUUUUAGACAUGCUAUUUUUUGUCAAGAUGAAAGGAAAGUCUAACACGAUCUGAAACGAAACAUGGAUCCUUAGCU